CAGAUCCAGGAUACCAACGUUACUAAGAAGACGGAAGUGAACACUUGCGCCGGAAGAAAGCCAAUGACGUCAUUCGACAACAAAACAUGGCGGUGUCUGUGUACCUGCCCAGACAUGCUCUUUUGGUGUGAUUGAACGGUUUAAUAUCUAGUGGAUGAGCUUCAGCGAUGGUUAAAAACACAACGUCAGACGUUGAAAUGAAGGAUGUCUCUAGCCCUUCAGCAACCAACGCCGAAACAAAAGAUGAAAAGCAAGAGGAGACAAAAAAGGAUCCUGAGUUGUUGACAUUAGAAGAUAUUCGAGAACAGAUAAGGCAUAUUGAAAAAGCAGUUACAACAAAAGAGCCACGGUUUGUCUCUCGGGUCAUCAGGAGUUUGGUGAACACAAGGCGCAAACUCACAGCUCGGGUACUGCGUCGGCUUAUCAAUGGAUAUUUUACCUCUUCAACUGCCCAGAGAAAGGAAGAACUUACACAGUUUCUUCCAAGACAUGAAGGGGAAACAGAUGCUGCCAUUCCAGCCUUUCGCCCUCGAUCAGCCAAACAGGCAUUGCAGCCACUUCUAACUGAAAUUGAAGUCUACUUGCAUCUCCUUGUGCUCAUUUACCUGAUUGACAACAAGAAGCACACUGAGGCUGUGCAAUGUUCUGAACUGUUAAUGGCAAAACUAAUCCCCCAGAACCGGCGCACUUUAGAUAUGAUAGCUGCCAAAUGCUACUUUUACCACUCACGCGCAUAUGAACUGGAAGGCAAGCUUGACACUAUUCGUGGGUUUCUUCAUGCUCGCCUUCGCACAGCCACGCUUAGGUCAGAUUUUGAAGGGCAAGCAACACUGCUGAAUCUGCUGCUAAGGAAUUAUCUGAGCAGUUCCUUGUAUGAGCAGGCAGACAAACUAGUUUCCAAGUCUAGUUUUCCAGACACUGCCACCAACAAUGAGUGGGCCCGGUUCCUUUACUAUCUAGGGCGAAUAAAAGCAGCUCAACUAGAGUAUUCAGAGGCUCAUAAACACUUGCUUCAGGCUAUGAGAAAGGCUCCUCAGCAUAGUGCUGUAGGAUUCAAGCAGACGGUGCAGAAACUGGCUAUUGUUGUUGAGCUGCUGCUAGGUGACAUUCCAGACCGCUCGGUGUUCAGACAACCCACGAUGCGCAAGACUCUAGCUCCCUACUUUCAGCUAACACAAGCUGUCCGAAAUGGCAAUUUACCAAAGUUCAAUGAGACCUUGGUGAAGUUUGGGCCGAAGUUCCAAGGAGAAGACACUUAUACCCUCAUCGUUCGUCUCCGACACAAUGUCAUUAAGACUGGGGUGCGCAUGAUCAGCCUUUCCUAUUCUCGAAUCUCACUGGCAGACAUUGCCCAAAAACUUACCUUGGACAGUCCAGAAGAUGCAGAGUUUAUUGUUGCCAAGGCAAUUCGUGAUGGUGUUAUAGAAGCUACCAUCGAUCAUGAAAAAGGCUAUGUUCAGUCAAAAGAGACAAGUGAUAUUUACAGCACACGAGAGCCAAUGUCAGCCUUCCAUCAGCGCAUCAGUUUCUGUCUUGAUAUCCACAACCAAUCUGUCAAGGCCAUGAGAUUCCCACCCAAGUCAUAUAACAAAGACCUAGAGUCUGCAGAGGAACGUCGUGAAAGGGAGCAGCAAGAACUGGAGAGUGCAAAAGAAAUAGCCGAUGAAGAUUUUGAUGGAUUUCCUUAACUUUUGCUGGUUUAGCUUGUUGCUCCUAGCUCAGCUGUUCCCAACUGUUUAGAAAUGGAUACAAGAUUUGGUGCUUGGGGUGGAAUGUCAAGAAUGUCAGUUGCUUUUCUUCAAUGUAGCUUCCAGUUGGUGUUUACAGUCUGACCAACGGGCAAGGCUUGAGGCAUUUCUAUUAAGAAGUUUGGUUUUUUUAAAUGUGCAUGACUAGUUUGUUAAGUGGUUUACCAAAACAUUACAAGGCAUCACAUGUGAAAAAUAAAGUUAGAGCACUUAAUUAAUGUAACCAAAUUUUUGGUUCUUGUUGCCAUGCAUGGUGGAGACUUUCUGUGAUUGCUGUUGACAGUACAUUUGUAAAAAUAAUGUGAAAGAUAAUUAAAUUGAACUUGAAAAUUU